AUGGAGGACUAUAGCCACAACUACGCCAUGCUCGAAAACAGCGUCGUCGAACCCGCUCUCGUCUGGUUGGCUUCCGUCGGGAAUGGGAACGGCGGCGAGCAGUCCGUCCUCGACUGGGACGAUGAUGGCCCCCUUGGGCUCGCCGCAGACCAAGCCCUCGCUGCCGACAACGUUCUGGCCGCCCUCCUUGCCCCGCCCCCCCUCGGGCUGCCAGGCCAAAUUGCCGGGCAAGACUGGGACCUCGCUGCCGACAACGGCGAGCCCGCCCUCCUUGCCCCGCCCGCCGCAGACCAAGCUCUCGCUGCCGGCAACGCCCUUCUUGCCCUGUCUCCCCAGCCCGCCUUGUCUCCCCAGCCCGCGCUGCCCGGCCAAAUUGCCUGGCAAGACCAGGACCUGGACCUCGCGGUUCCCGGCCCGCUUGCCUUCGACAUGGCCGAUAACUACAUCGGCCUUGGCCCUGGGCAGUGGCCUCAUUAUCCACCCGCCCUUGUCGCCGACUUCCAGGUUAGCAACAACAGGGUUGCCCCAUUCGGCGGCCUGGACGGCGGGGAUUUUGCCGUCGACCAGAUGCUGUUUGCCGCCGACGAGGUGCCUGCCCCCGUUGACUGGGUGCAGCUGCAUCAGCAGCAACAACAACAGGAGCAGCAGCAACAACAACAACAGAAGCAGCAGCAACAACAACAGAAGCAGCAGUUUCCUCCUCCUCCGGCUUGGGGUCCUGCUCCGGCUGCGGCUCUUCUGGCUCCUCAGGAAGCCCCAGCUCCUGCUCCUGUCAAGCGUGGUCGUGGCCGCCCCCAAGGGGCGGCUGAACAAUAA